AUGUUGCUUUUCAAAAUCAUCAUUACCAUAUUUCUAAUUGACUAUUCUUCCAGCACAAGUAUUUAUAUACCUAUAUUAAAUGAAACCUCAAUAGAUUUACAUAUAAUAUAUGUGAACGAAAUGUGUUCUAGAAGAGAGGUUAUAUGUAAAAAGAAUGGUACAUAUAUUUGUGCAAUGAAACUUAUCAAUAAUAUAACAACAUAUAAGGAAUAUCAAAAUUCGUGUUAUUUAUUUAUGAGUAAUAUUUGUGAACAUAUUGGAAACGAAUAUUUCAUCGUCACAAGCGGGACCUGUCAACAGUAUUUGAAGUCACGUAGAAAUGAAAAGAACGAAAAAAUUAAUAGUACUACAGCAAAUAGUACAUAUGGCGCAACAGAAAGCUUUCUCAGAUUGGGAAAAUCAACAACAAAAUUUACAACAAAACCAACAUCAAUUUACGAUAUCGACACUGCAUACGACAACCACAUCUGCCCGCUGUCCUGUCCGGACACGUACUCGCCAGUUUGUCUGAGCGUCAACCGAGGAUUUGGGAAAUACUUCAAAUUCUUCACAUUCAUAAAUCAUUGCUACGGAGAUGUUUAUUACUGCAAGAACUGGGAAGAUUUCUCCCCACCACCCGAUGAAGAAUUCGAGAUGGUGAAUAGUUCUCCACUUGGAUGGUCAUAUUGUGGCGCUUCUCGGUACCUACAGUUCGCCAGAUUCUCCGAGGUGGCGUCUUCCAUGGGCCACUACGGGUGGCUGGCCGGAGACCAGCGGUAUUCCCACAUCAUGGCACCUGGCGAGAGAAGUCCAGGGUACGGGUAGAUUACAUCCGCGUCUAUAGUCAUCACUAGAGACUGGAUUAUAUGCAUUUGCAUUUCGCAUAUGCAUUUGCAUAUUUUAGCCAUUCUCAGAGGUAAUAGCAUAUUUUACCUAAGAUCUAGUUAUGAUGCAUAUUAUCGGUACAUUUACAAUAUUUGUUACUCACCCUGCGUUCCGAAAUGCGACCAAGUUUAAUAUAAUAAACAGCAAUAUUAAUAAAACCCCUUGGUUUUGUAAGUCUACAUAUUUUAACAGUAGUAAGUUUUAUUCUAUUAUAAUAUGUAGAAAUAAAAUUUAUUCAAAUAAACUCAUU